AUCAAAUUUGUCAACCGCCAUGUGGUCCCAGUAAACGGCCAUAGGACUAACGCAAAUCCAACUUAGGAAGUCUCGACCUAGCUGCAAUAAACCGCGUUGGUUGCUGGAAAGUACUUCUUUCACCUACUAGAUGUGCAAUCCCCGUGGCUAACCACCCACAACACUUCUUGCAGUAAACAACUUCAACAUUGUGUCAUCCACGAAUAUUUUCUCUUUCAAUCCUACCUACUCGAUUAUUACUCUUCGCACAUGGAGUGAACUAUUCGAUGAGGACACAAUAUAGAUAGUUUCUUCAAUCACUGCUUUCAGGACGCUUUGGAACCCUUGGUCCUAAUCAUCCUCGCGUUUUCUCCUUGCUCGUUGUUAUUAGCAAAUACCCUUUAUUUCCUCAAAUCAAUUGUACCCUGUCGAGAAACUCCUUUCCGUUCCCUUCAUCUUCACCCCCUACUUCAUUCCGCAUAAGUGAUAUUGAUACCCACAUCACACCCUUCGUCUUCGCCCACUCAAUUCAUCGGCUUCGAUGGAGUUUGAAGAAAUUCAAGCCCCACCUGGGGUUUUAAGGAGUUUGUUCCAUCAUGUUGCAUUGCCCUCAAAGCUUCCAGGGGGAGCUGAAUCUAACAUCACCGACAUUGAACGCGGACUUCUAGAUCGAUUGAUCGCUGCGACUAAGAUCCUGGAAAACAUACAGCAAGACGAUGUCUGCCGGCGUGCUUGGAGCUCUAUUAGGCGGUCUCUCUUAUUCGGCAAGGCCCUAAACAUUGGUGGCAAGAUAGAACGAAGCCAGCUGGCUUCGCAUCUGAGACAGCUUCACAAUUCUGACCUUGUCAUCCUCCACGUAGCUGCCCAGAAUGCUGGAGUAGUCAUCCACAAACCCGUUGACCCCGAACUUCGUGGAAAUAUCCUCUUUGAGGCUUUCGAAGCUUCGCCCAAGCGAGAGCCAGUGCUUGCCUCACAGACACUUUCAUGGACUUUCCCCGGAACUGCUGUUUUAGUGCCCUCGGAAGUAUUCUACAAGGACUCGUUUCUGGAAAGCCUGACUGCCUUCUUCGAGCAAGUUUCGGUCGAAUCAACCCAGAAGUUCUCUGAGUAUGCUAUAAAAGCAGGAAAGGCCAUUGCGGAGGAUAGAGAAAAUCCCGAUCCCGCCUUAAUCACAUCCUUCCUAACCGCAAUACUUGAAGCCAAUGGUAAGCGCAUUUCGCCCAAGACCCUCCGAAAAAGAGUCAGAGACGAAGUAUGCUGGUUUGAUAGUGGGUCGCCGUGGCGAAGGUUGCCCUAUUGGCUUGUCCUUCGGGUCAGCAUCGCUCGAUAUUUGGCAAUGAUGCUUGGCGGAGCACAUGGCAGAAUACAGUACAAAUUCCUUAUGUGUAUUAUACACGGAAUGGUACUUAAUGAUAUCAGAAAUAUUGCUACCCUAGAGGAUCAAGAUUUCCUUAAGAGAAAACUCUGCCGUCGACUUUAUAAACUUGAUCGAGAUCACCUGGAACAACCACAGGAAACCCAAAGGUCUUAUGAUGCAUUGAUCAAUCACUUGGCCCCUCGGUUUACUAGAGUGAUUCGAGCUACUGCUACUAGGAUCGAAAAGGCUUGGGAGCAAGAAAAACAGCAAACAACCAAGGUCAUACCUCAGCUUCCUAGACAAUCAGAGCCGAAGGAUCAAAAGUUGAGUCUUAACUUAAGUCGCGAGUACCUAGCCCAGGCUCAGGAGAGACAUCAGAAUAAUUUGCGUUUAUGGAAGCCCCCUAAACGUCGCAGGGCUCCUCAGCCAUCUAAACAACACAUUCAGGCUUUUGGGAACAAGUUACUUUCUCUAUUCGAUAAAGAGAAUCAGAUGUGCAUGUCUGCGACCAAUCUUCCUUGCAAUUCCGUCGACGCCUCCGCUCAAAUCCUAGAACUUCACCAGGCUAUUCUAGACUACAUUGGUCAAAUUAACGGCGACUACGACGGCAAUGCGGAACAGAAGGGCAUAAUGCUCCUAGCAUUGAUGGAGACAUGGACUGCUCUUGAUAAAGCCGCAUGUGAUAUGUUUCCUCUUUUGUAUGACUUCCACCCUGUAUUCACUCCACGGCUGGUCGAGGUACUCCACCUGUCACUCUUUUCGGACGUCGUACGAGCCCGAAAAGUCGAGUCCUAUAUUAGGUGUCGAGUAUCUAGGUCUAAGGGAACCCCUAAUACGCUAUUCGAUAAUCCAUGUAAGGGCUGCUUCGCAGAAAGGUUUUUUGACGCAUCGGAUGACGGAUUCAACGAUACUACUUCGCUGAAAGAGCUCCUAAGGAAUAUACAAUCGAUGGCAGAUCAACAGCGCGAAAAGAAAGAAAGGGAGUGGCAGGAAAUGAGUUCUGAAUACGAUAGACUAACUCGAGAAUACGAUUCUUCAACCUGCAUCUACUAUGAGUCAGUAAAUGCCUCACACCCGAUACAUUACGCCUCUGUAUGCCCGAAAUGCCAAUUUGAUCGAGAAAGAUCUCAAAUGAAAAUCACUACGUUCGAAUCGCCGCUCCCGGAGAAUACCGUAAUGGCAAAGGCUGUCGUAUUCGAACUCAGGUGCCCUGAGGAGCUCGCUGCAUAUCGCGAUGCUACAUGGGCAAUACUGAGUCGUGUUGCAAAACAAAUUCAGGAGCCAGGGGUUAAGCCGAAAGUGUGCCUAGAAGACUAUUCGAGGUUACAAAUGUAUUCUCAAGCCACUGGAGAUAUAUCUCUCGCCUCGACAACCAAGUCAUUCCUCAUGACUCAUUAUAGGGAUAGCAAAUUCCCAGUCGACCUUAACCAAGUUAUUCUCCCGAAUGGGCUUAAAUUCGCAUAUUUUGAUAAAGCAUCCCAAUGUUGGCCUGGAAACAAAGAUGCCCGCCCUACUUUUGAACAUCACUGCAAGUUAACGCUUCCAGCAAACUCGCCGUUCUUGGCGCUCCUCGACUCCAGAAGUUUCAACGUCUACGGUAAUGGGCCAUCCUCGUAUGAAGUUUCGGCAUCUCAUCCAAGCUGUCCCUCUAGCCUCAAUGCACAUGAAUAUGCCGCAUUUCAAUAUCUCCUCUCAGGCAAGCGUCGCCGAUGGUUGACGAUCCUCACGGAGCUCGGUUCAUCUAAUCUGAACUUAUCUACUGAAACAACUGUGUUGUUGUUUGACCACUUGGUACAUCAAAUUGGCCCGUCGGAAGAACACGACGAAAUAUUUGGAACAGUUCACUAUGUCUUUCGGGAUGCUCCAUUUUGCAACGCCCUACUGAAGCAGCUUACUGCGAAGCUUGAGGCAAUUGCAUCUAACUGGCGUGAGACACAUUUGAUGGAGAUUAUUAUCAUGCUAACUUUACGAUUGAUAACAUUCACCACAUCCCUAUCGGACAUGAGCAGCUUCGCGAAAACAGCGCUAGGCCUCCUUUUAGAAGCGAGACAGGUUACCCUCCAAUGGGCAAGGAUGUUACGAAAAGAGAUGGACCACGGCGACGGAUCAGAUGACCAAAGAAAUUACCAAUCGUAUUUGCUAUGGGCAGCUCUCCUUUGUAAAAGGACCUUCGCCUCAUAUCAGAUGCCAAUCGACCAAGAUCUAGAGCCAAACGAACUCUCUAUAUUCGUUGAAUGUAGCGCCACCGUCUAUGACAACAUGCCAGAUAACGUUGGUUCCUUGGGGAGGAUAUUGAAAAACACGUUUGUUCGAGAUUUAAGGAUGACAUACGAUCUUAAGGAUCAAUUGCAGGCGCUAAUCGAACAAUGCGGAAAACAUGCCAUACUUAUUGCAUUGAAAUCCUUGUGGCCACCGGCCGAAUCAAAAUCAAUAUCUGGCAUCACGUUCGGAUCCAAUGGUUGGCUUAAGAUUGAACUUGAGGGCUACCAUGAGGAAGUUGAAUUUUUAGAGUACAACUACGUUUUCGGUAUCUUACUAGUAGAUGGAGAACCACUUAGUAAACUUACGGCCGAUUCUAAGAUUACCAUCAUUCUCGAGGAACUAUUUGGAGGACCAAUUAGCCUCAGAAAAUGGCCCUCGAAAAGCCCGGGAAUGACAUAUGUGCUGGCAGUAUCCCCUAAAGGCUAUCAAAUUCAUGUUGGAUACGCUGAUAGGGGGACAAUUAUUCACGCUACCAAAGGUACAGGAAUGAAUAGGCAAACUUUGGAGAUCAUCCCGAGAGAAAUUUUCUACCAAAAGAGCCAGUUCGACAUUCCGGCAGCUCUCAUUGAGAAUUGUAUCCAUUGGCUUGAUCUCACAACCGGAAUUCUUGAAAUCCGGUCUAAAUCGAGAAACAUUUGGAAGCCGCAUCACCACAACUGGAAAUUGGACACCUACACGUCUACCUGCUCACGAUUCACCCUCAAUGGGAAGUUCAAAGAAACGCUAAUUGACCCCUACUCUCCACUGUUCAACCGAGUGUCAAAUAUUUUCUUGUACUUUGAGUUGGCAAAGUACCUAACUAUUUAUCAGCAAGGGGGCAAAUAUUCACUUGCUGUUGAAAUGCCUCGUCUGCAAUUGAAGUGGCAUGUAAAUAAGAACCGGAUGUUAGAAUCAUCGCAUCUACGGGCUGAGAUCGAUCCUUGUCAAGAUAUCGACACUUGGCACGGCUUUGACAGCAAACUCGUCUGUCGCAAUUUGAGAAUCUCUCAGGAACGCUUCGUCCUAGUGCCGUUAGGCCCUCUCGCGGUCACGAAGCGAGGGUGCCAUGUCCAGGUAUAUGUCGAGACUAAUCGAGAUCCAUCAAGGGUAUACAUUCGCUUCAUGGUCAACAAAACCCUUGGUCGACUUGAUUGCGCUGCCGAGCCCGUCUUGGUGUAUAAGAAGGCAGAAAUACAUGCAUUUACUUCAUUUGUAUUGCCAGAUACAUUGACAGGUUUAACUGGAAUUGAGUCUUCGUUGGCCAUCUUGAGUUCGGGAAUGUCCCAACCGUGGUCCCCUCUAUCACUUCUGCCCACCACUAUACUUCGCGAUAUUGCCCAACUCUCACCAAGACGUGAGUACUAUCCAGUGGAUCUCAAAGUCAUGAAGAAGGAAUACUGGGACCGACGGAUACCUGCAACGUUUCAGCGCGAGGAGUUCCGUAUUCUGGUUGGCCGAAUUAUCUCACGGUCGAAUGAGCUCGCUAUGUUCUCUUCUCGGGAAACAGAAAAACCGGAGUUGCCCCCAUCAGGCGACGCCCAUCUAAGUCUCCGCUCUCUGCGCCGGCAUCGACUCUAUGAAAGAUGUUAUAACUCGGAUUUAAAAUUUGACAAUCCGGAUGAUACGGUAUAUGAAGCCAGGCACACCCCACCGGCUUCCAGUCUGCGAUAUUCGAACGUUCUAGAGAGCACCAGCAUUCUGCGAGAUAGACCUAUGUUUAUGUCUACGGUGGAAGAUAUUGCAUUGAAUCUCUCGCAAUCUCUACAUAUUAGCGGAUACAGCCAGACGUUCGAUAAAGUAACACUGCACGAUCGACUUGACGUCGACGUACGUCACGAAUGGGGCCCCUUGGUCAACUUCGUCAGAGACGUACGAUGCCAAUAUAGGCUCAUGUUCUUCAUCGGCAUGAUAUCAUUCCGAUAUGAUGCUAAUAUGCCUUUAAUUCGAACUCUCAUAGCAUUUGCACAUUGGGACGAUCUUCGUUCCUUGACUCUCCCUAACUAUGCGGACUAUUCUAGAUUCCGACCACGCCAAACGCCCCAACUAGAUACCCUAGUCGAAAUUAUCGAGCCGCAUAAAGCGCCCGUUCCAGAUAUCUCUGGGCCGCUCGCAGAAUUUGCGAGUAGUAAGGAACAGCGAAAAGUUUCAAAUGCCAGAAAUGCUCAUAUUCGGAAAGCCAGUGCCGAUUGCAGGGAGUUGGCAGAAGCACUGAUAUUGGAAUGGCCUUCUCCAAACCUAGUAGGAAAAAAUCUUGAAGACUCGUAUCUGAUAGACGUCCCAGCUGCUCUAAAUCAAGUACGCCCUGAGUGGGAGCGAUUAUACUACAACCACGAAUUUUUUAUUCAUCUGCAGGAAGUUCAAAGUAUAUUGAACCAAAGACGCUCUGAUGUCGCAUUCAAAAGACCAGAUUUUGUCCGCUCCGAAUUCGCGUUCCCUAUCCAACAACCCGGAUAUGAGCUGCCGACGCUUGGCAACGAUAUGAUGAAGAUGUCCCUCAGGAAAAUAGGGGUGAACGGUGCCGCAAAUCGUCGCAAUUCUCAAAGAAAGUAUACUCAACUCUCGCAUCCACGUUUUGUGUCCAAGAGUAAUGUAUCACAAGAGCUGGCACAAAUUAUUGGAAUUUUCUCAUCAUCAACGUCAAUAAUCAAGAGAAAGUACGCUGAAGAUCUGAGAGAAAGUCUGGCCGCCUUUGAUGCCCGCAAUUUGCAAGAUUCGCGUAACUAUAAAAACUCAAACUCACAACCUAUCGCGGAGCGCACGGUAGCCCAACUCCAAGAGAUCGUCAAGACGUGCAUUGCAGAGAUCGUAUCAGCAGUAGAGCAACCGAACAGCGAAUUCUCGAAAAGGCAGAUAAGCUGGCUGCAGCAGGGACAACUAUGGCCUGCUAUUACACUGACGACCCUCCUAGAGCAACUUCGUUCCUCCGCAAAGCGCUCAUUUGGGGGUGGGAUGAAAGAAGGGCUCCUCUAUUUCGCAUUGUCAAUUACAAACCUACAACGACAAAUACGAAUGCAAUCGUAUCUGAGUGUCGGCGAAAACGCUCGUUAUGAUGAUGAAAAGAAGAACGUGGGUCACAGCAAUUGGAGAAUAGAGGAUUACACAGACUGGAUACUUCUGGAGAUUGAAUCAAAUUUGCUCAUUCGCGAAACUCAAGUCGACGUCGCGUUAGCGAUUAUUGCGCCAGAGUCCAAGGCCAACAGCGUCCUCCAGCUUAAUAUGGGCCAAGGUAAAACAUCGUGCAUCAUUCCAAUGGCUGCGGUAGUACUUGCGGACAACAAAAACCUCGUAAGAGUUUCCGUGCCUAAAGCCUUGCUUCAGCAGACUGCUCAGUUGCUACAUGGACGCCUCGGUGGCCUAGUCGGAAGAGAGAUUAGCCACAUACCAUUCUCUCGAAGGACCCCAACGAAAGAGAACCAAAUAAAGUUAUUCCACAGAAUUCAUCGCGAAAUCCAGAGGAAGCAAGGUGUUAUGCUUUGCCUCCCGGAACAUCAAAUGUCAUUUAUGCUAAGUGGUCUUCAGCGUGUUCUAGAUCAGCAAAUCCCCGAAGCAAGCAUGAUGAUUCGCGUACAAAAAUGGCUUCAAUCGUGCGCUCGAGAUGUGCUCGAUGAAAGCGACCAUACUUUAGCGGUAAAGACGCAACUCAUCUAUCCUUCCGGGUCACAGAUGGCAGUCGAUGGACACCCACAUCGUUGGUUGGUAGUUGAGCAAAUUCUUGGCUUAGUGGAUAUGCAUCUACAUGAUCUCUCUGCCAGUUUCCCUCAUUCUAUUGAGGUUGUAAGGCGCCCACGAGGAGGCUUUCCGUUCGUCUUUUUCCUCCGACCAGACGUAGAAGAGGAGAUGGUCAAGCGUCUCAGAUAUGACGUUUGCCAAGGCGUCAGGGGUAUAGUACCAAUUGACUCCGUUGAACAGGCAGACCGUUUGGCGAUCAAAGAAUUCCUUUCUAGCGGCAAGGUCCGCCAAUCUAGCCUAGAUCGCAUAAGUUACCUGUGUCCCGAUCGACCUCAUGUCAAACAGACUAUUUAUUUACUUCGAGGGCUGUUCGUCCAUCGAAUACUAAUCAUGGCCCUCAAGAAAAGGUACGGGGUCCAAUACGGACUCCAUCCCGAUAGAGACCCAGUUGCCGUGCCUUUUCAUGCCAAAGGCGUUCCGAGUGAGCAGUCCGAAUUUGGACACGUCGAUGUCGCUAUAUUGUUGACAGCACUAGCCUUUUAUUAUUGUGGAAUCAAUAUGCAGCAGACACGCCAGGCUUUAGAAGCCGUACUGAAAUCCGACGAUCCCGCCUCUGAGUACGACAAGUGGACUGAGGACGAAAAUUUCCCAGACUAUUUACGUGAUUGGCAUUCUAUUAACGUUGACGACUCACAGCAAAUGAGCCAAAUAUGGGGCAGUGUACGGUUCAAGGUCCCUGUCAUUGACUAUUUUAUGAACAAUUUCGUCUUUCCGCCGCAUGCAAAGCAGUUCAAGGUUCGUUUGCAAUCUAACGGCUGGGAUAUCCCACUCCCCGUGACACAAUCAGAUAAAACCACCAAGCAUACAACUUUGAAUAAGUCAAGAGGACUUACAACGGGAUUCUCUGGCACGAAUGAUAUCAAGCCUCUAUUACCAUUGACUAUCGCACAGGAUGACCUAGCCUCGCUAUCUCAUACGAAUGCAGAGGUUCUCACAUAUCUCCUCCAACCCAGAUCUAGGAAGUAUGUGGUGAUGGCCGAUCACAACCAGAAGCGUCUUAACGAGAUCGCUUUCUUACAUAUGCUAAAAAGACAUAAUAUUCGCGUUUUGAUCGAUUCAGGUGCACAGAUCCUUGAACAAUCAAAUAAGGAACUAGCCGAAAAUUGGCUCAAUGUAGAUGGACGGGCGACAGUUGUCCUAUACUUCGAAGGAGACACUCCAUACAUUCUCUCCAAGCAAGGCACGAAGGUUCCGCUACUCGCCUCGCCUUAUGCAGAUAAUCUUAACGAGGUCUUAGUAUAUCUUGACGAAGCACAUACUCGGGGGACUGACUUGAAGUUCGGCAUCCGCACUAUAGCUGCCCUAACACUAGGGUUAGGUCAGACCAAAGAUCACACUGUUCAAGCUGCGAUGCGUUUACGCCAACUCGGAACGACACAGUCUGUAGUAUUCUUUGCUCCACCAGAAGUGAAUCAGAGCAUCCGAGAUUUAUGCAACAAGAAGGAUAGUGAUAUAGUAGACUCCCAUGAUGUAAUAUAUUGGCUUAUUAACAAUACCUGCGAUGGGAUUGAACAACUGCAACCGCUUUACUAUUCCCAGGGCACAGAUUUCUGUAACCGAAUGCAGGCCGCUGAGGACUAUCCAGACUUCCUGGUUGAUGAAGAACACAGGUCAGCAUUUACAGAUGCUAUCAAACACAAGGAACGUCAGAGCCUUCAACAGCUAUACGGACCCCAAAUGAAAUCAAAAACAAACACAUCUACAAAGUCCAAUCCCAGGAUUGCCGAUUUCGUCAAAGAGCUUGAGAUACGCAGAAAAGGCUUCCAGGAUACCGGUCAGGCGGUCCAUGCUUCAGCCCUCCAAGAAGUGGAGCAGGAGCGAGAGACCGAGAUUGAAGUUGAAGCCGUCCGACAAGUUAAGAAGCCCUUAUCCUAUAUACCCCAUAAGUUCCCCGGCCUUCACAAAGACCUGGAGACAUUUGCUAGGACGGGCAGAAUUCCAGCCGGAUCGGAUAAUUUCAUUCAUAUCUUGAGGGCUCUUGCAAGAACUUCCCUCGGGCGAAAGUACAAGGUCAACCAUGCUGUUAGCUCUUCCAUGCUAUUCGUAUCAAGCGAAUUUGAACGAACUGUGAAGUUAGUCAUUGAGUCGACCAAUGACAAUUUUAUGCGUCCCGUGCAGUGGAUACUUUACUCGCAUUCCCCUGAAGCGGCCGUCGUCGUGACCCCUGAGGAAGCCGAGCUCAUAAUCGAAAUCCUCCAGGAAACCGUAAGAAAAAACCGAGCCAGCGCGACACGACUCCUGACAUACGCAGCACCUGUCACACGACGAAUGUUGCAUUUCAACAAUCUGAGGUUUUAUAGCAUGCCUCCUCUUCCCGAUGAGUGGCAACCUGCUGAGUGGUUUACUACUGAGUUGGGCCUCUUCGCGGGAAGGCUAUAUUUCGAGUGGUCCGAGUAUGACAGCAUCUGCAGAAUUCUCGGUAUCGAUUCAUCCGCAUUAGGGGUAGAGGAAUUUGAUAGUUCUGAGGCUGAAACUAAUGAACAAUACACGGAAUCUGUCACUGGCGGACGCGCGGAUGCGACUCUCGAUCGGGCAAAUGGAGUACAGGAUGCCCAUAACAAUCGCGUGGGGGGCGCGCGACGUCCUAGCCAGAAAUUUUGCGGCCUCACACCAAAGCCAUACACGUUCGUACAGGAGUACUUGGCAGUUCGCAGACGCGGCCAGGACUUUACUCAUACCCCUAUGGGAUUUAUAUGCAGUGGAAAGCCAUUGAGCCAAGACAGCGCCUUCUUCCGACGUAUCGAAGCAUCCCGACGGGUCCAGGGCCUUAUGCCUACUGGUGCUGUUCAUACCGAUAACGUCGAAGACGAAGCACCCGAGGAGAUGAUGGAUCUAGGAAACUAUGAUCCUUCGGCGGAAGUUGGGGAUGACGAGGAUCAUGUCUCCAUUGAGUAUGACGAAUCCGAAAUGCACCGAGCAUCCGAGGAGUCCAUCGAUUCUGACGACGAGGCUCAGUCUACCGAAGCCCACUCCUCAGGCGUCGGUCGUAGACGACAGGCCGGUAGGGGAAUUAGAGUUGGUAGGGGAACCAGAGGUGGUAGAGGGAGGUAAAGGCGAUAUGCGCCUAUGUUGGAGUAACUCCUAUAGGAUCUUGCUCACUUCUCGUUUGCUCUUCUUUUCUUUUUUCCUUUCUUUUACGUAUCUCGAUCAGGUGUAAGGAAGUUUCGGCUCCAUGUAAAAAGCUAUAAAUAAAUUGUUUCUUUUUUGAUAUUUGCAAAGCCACUUCAGCUGGCUGGCUGUGUUUGGGACCUGUGACCAAGAUCAUUAAGCUUACAUAAUUGCUAAAGCCAACAAGGAGGCCUCUACGGUCAGAUAUUU